UCAAGAUUGAUAAACGCCAAGAAUAGUCCGUAUUAUAUAAAUAGAACAUAAUCCAGGCGUAUAAUCUUGCAUAUUUUAAUCAUGAAAAGGAGCAACGAGAACGCUUCUUCAUCUUCAUCAAAGCAACCGCAGACAAAUAGUCGAUCUCUUAUGAAUCAACUUUGUUCCAAUCUCACUUCCAUUAUUCCUCCUCCACAUUUUCCAAACUCCUCACUGGGAAUGUUAUCUCAAGCUGAUCAGAUAGAACAAGCAACAAAUUACAUAAUGGGAUUAAGGGAAAGAGUUGACAACUUAAACAAGACAAAAGAGCAACUUCAGAUGAUGGUUUUAAACCAAGAAGGUGCUUCAUCAUCUAGCAAUAAUGAUGCAACAAUGGCGGCGAAUUCCAGAUUAUUACCCAUCAUUGAAAUAAAAGAGCUGGGUUGUAAUCUAGAGGUGCAAUUAGUGAUGGAUUUUGAAAAUAAUAUUAUGUUACAUGAGGUUAUUAGGGUUCUUGAGGAAGAAGGAGCUGAAGUUGUAAAUGCUACUUCUUCCACUUCUGGGAAUAACAUUGUCCACACUCUCCAUGCCAAGGUACGUAAUUUUAUUUCAAUUUAUUUCUGGCCUUGUUGA